AUGUUUAUCUUUAUCAGCGCGGUAAUAACCGGCUGCGUUUUCCACCGUAUGAACGAAAAAUUAAAAUCCACCAACGUCAGCGAGGAGAUGCUCGAUUGUGAGAAUCUGUGCAACGCUGUGUCGCUGCUGGAUCGCAGCAUCCGCUGGAUGAAUGCGGUGAUCCUGUGGGAACGGAUCUUGCGUCUGUUGUUGGCGAUCUACGGUUUGUGUGAGGAGCACUAUUCACCCGGCUAUACGAGUCCGUUGGUUUAUGUUCCGGUGACAUCGGGUGUGGUCAUGUUAACGGUAUAUCUUUCCGUUUUCAUUUACGCAAUGGAACAGGAGUGCAAUGUGGAGCGCACGUUAACUGUUAUGGUUUGGAGUGACGACAUUUCUAAACCAAUUCGGAGAAACAUACGCGCUCGAUUGUUUAGGAUCCAGGAACAAAGAUCGUGUCUGACAGUUGCCGGCAUCAUGCUGUCCCGGGAAGCAGCGGUUACGGUAUUUGUUACGCUCUUAAGCUACACUAUCCUAAUUGCCGAACUCAGCGAAAGAAAGCUGCGCUCCCAGGAUGCCAAUCACACCUUGGAUUCUGCGAUUCUCGAGAUGACCGCAACAGCGUAG